AUGAAGUUUUUGACCACCAAUUUCGUAAAAUGUGCUAUAAAGACGUGUGACUCUUCUUUAGAGGCCUUUCCGUUGCAAUACUCUGAAUGUGAGCUUGUUCAAGAAGAACAAGAAUUUAACCCAGAAUUCAUAUGCCACAUGCUUGACAGGUUAGACUGGCAGGCAGUAAUUAAGGUAGCAAAGGACUUAGGAAACACCUCUUUGCCCCCAAACAAACCUGAAGACAUAGACCCCAUUAUGGAAGACAGCCAGGCGAUUUUAAGGGAUUUGCAUACUUUGUUGGUGGAAACUAGAAUUGUAGAAGGUAAGAUGAUUUGUAGAAACUGUGAGCAUAUUUAUUAUAUCAAGAAUUCCAUUCCAAAUUUCCUUUUACCGCCACAUUUAUGUUAG